GUCUGUAAACAGUGUCACAGCAGACUGGAGUAAAGCUCCACUUGUGUCUCACUCUCUCUCAUCGCUGCAUCACUUUGCCAAAAAAAAAGAGCUGCAUCAAAUCUUUGACUUCAAAUCUAUAUCUCUCUUUCUAUCUCUCGUGCUCUCUUUCUCUCUCUUUGGGUCUUUGCGCUGAAAAGCGUUCUCAAGUGGAAACGAAUCGAGGACAGCAAGCGGGCAGCAAGCAAGCAGCAUGAACCGGCCAGCGCGUCAGGAGAGCCCCGCUUGGAGCCCCUGCAGGAAGCAGCAGGAGCAGCAGCAGCAGCGGGUCGGUCAGCCGCGCAGCCUGGCUGCGACGGAGCAGCGAGCCGGGUCCGGGACCACUAGGGACGGCGGAGCGGGGUCGGGCCCCCCGCUUCACAAGCCAGCCCGUAGCAAGCGGCACCUGGAGGGGAUCCUGAAGAAAUACACGAACCCGCUCCAGGGCUGGCAGAGCAGAUAUUUUGUACUGGACCCAGAGGUUGGCCAGCUCCAAUAUCAUCUGAAUGAACUCAGUAAAAGCCAGCGACCUCCCAGAGGGUCUCUGCCUCUUCUUGGAGCAAUGGUGGUCUCCUGCGACGAGUAUCCCUACAUGUUUACCAUUCAAUCCACUACUGGGGACGCCUACAAACUCAGAGCACUGGACGCCCAGGAGCAAGAGUUGUGGAUGACUCAGCUACAGCUGUGUUCCCGACGCCACUCUGAAAGCAGCGCCAAGGUGACGAUCCAGGCUGAAGGUCAGCAGAAGAGCCUGGUCAACUCGAUAGAGUCCCUUCCCCCUCGAGGUGGACCCCUAUCUUCUCUGGAUGAGGACCUACUCCUUUUUAAGGCCACCUCUGCAGCCACUUUGAGCUGCCUGGGGGAGUGCCUCAGUAUGCUGCAGCACAAUGUUGUCCAGGCCCUCAACCAGAACCAAAACCAGAACCACUCCCCUAGUCCCAGCCUCAGCCCCAGUUCAGCUGGUUUGAAUCAGGCGGCUCCCGCAGAAAGAGUCAAGUCAUGGAGUCAGCGCUGCAGCUCCAGUGUGAACCAGGGGGAGCCGGGUGUUCUCAGGUCCAGCAGUCAAAGCCCGACUCACGGCUUUCGUGAGAGCCAGAGUCCCAAAGACAGCAGCAACAGCGGAAGGCAAGAAAGUGGCCACAACCACAUCCAAAGCCAGAGUCAGGGCCAUGAACAUGCAGAUAGUUCCACUGGAUGGUCCAGAUCUCUUUCUGAGAAGAAUAAUGGUGCACAAACACCUCUCUCCUCCUCUACCUGGCCUUCUUCCACCCAAACACACAAGGACCCUUCUGAGGGACAGCAGCAGAGCCAAACCAGCAGCCAAGAAACCCUGGAUCCCUGCGACGAGACCACAGACACAGAGGACAAUGAGGAGGAAGACCUGGGAGUUCUGGAUGACCAGAGAAGCAUCAUGAUUCACCUCCUGUCCCAGCUGAAACUUGGCAUGGACCUCACACGGGUGGUGCUCCCUACCUUCAUCCUGGAGAAGCGCUCCCUGCUGGAGAUGUACGCCAACUUCAUGGCUCACCCCAACAUGUUCCUCUCCAUCACCUCUGGCUGCACGCCAGAGGAGCGCUUUGUCCGCUUUGUGGAGUACUACCUGACUGCCUUCCACGAGGGCCGGAAGGGUGCCGUGGCCAAGAAGCCCUACAACCCAAUCCUGGGUGAGAACUUCCACUGUUCCUGGUAUGUGCCUCGGGACCGGGUUCGACCUCUCAGGACUACCAACUGUACCGCGCCCAUCUCGGCACCCACAGCCACUUCUACCAUUCCCGGGUCCCCACAGAGGGGGACGGACGGCAGCAGCAGAAGAAACUCAGACUGCUAUCGUGUUCGGUUCGUGGCGGAGCAGGUGUCCCACCACCCACCUGUGUCAGGCUUCUACUGCGAGUGCAAGGAGAAGAAGAUGUGUGUCAACACUCACAUCUGGACCAAGAGCAAGUUCCUGGGCAUGUCUGUUGGAGUGUCCAUGGUCGGGGAAGGCGUGCUGUAUUUGUUGGAGCAUGAUGAGGAGUAUGUGUUCACACUGCCCUGUGCCUACGCCCGCUCCAUCCUGACCGUGCCGUGGGUGGAACUCGGGGGAAAGGUCACUAUCAACUGUGCCAAGAGUGGGUACUCUGCCACUGUCACUUUCCACACCAAACCCUUCUACGGAGGAAAAGUACACAGAGUAACAGCAGAGGUGAAGCACAACCAGACAGGAAACAUCGUGUGCAAGGCCCAGGGGGAGUGGAACGGGAUGCUGGAGUUCACCUACAGCAACGGGGAAAGCAAGGUGAUUGAUACCUCCAAGCAGCCAAUCAUCAAGAAGAAGAUCCAGCCUCCAGAGAAGCAGGGCCCGUAUGAGUCACGGCGUCUUUGGCAGCACGUCACAGCAUCGCUGAAGACGGGAAAUAUGGACGCAGCCACAGAACACAAACACCGCCUGGAAGAGAGGCAGCGCAGGGAGGGCAAGCAGAGAGCUGCGACCAAAACCCCCUGGAAACCCAAAUAUUUUAUUAAAGAGGGUGAAGGCUGGGUCUACCACAACCCUCUGUGGAAAGCUCACUGACCAGGAGCCUCGGAAGCAGCUGUCCAAUCCCAGAUGACUAGAGGGGAGCGAUCGAGGCUGAGGGCUGGCCGACAAAAGAUGCGAGGAGAGAGGGAGAGAGAGAGACUGAGAAGAGGAGACGGAGAGAACAGAACAAGUGGUACCAAAGACAGGAGGGAAAAAAGGACACACUUCCAGUCCUGUCCAAUCAGAGACAUGUUGGCUCAGCAGUGAGUUGAGACCGAUCUUACACGGGUACAGCCACUUUUGAGAUUACAGUAUUACAGACGGAACGGACACAACGGGACAAUUUUUUUCUGAUACUAGAUCCAAACCCCCCCCCUCACUUUUUAGUCGUUUGCACAAAGUACGAAACAACCUUGUCGGUCACAACAGUUUUGCACAGUUCACUGUACAGUAUAGCGUACACUGCAUACGUGUGAGCAAUGUGUGUGUGUUUAUGUUUAGGUGUACGUUUGUGAGAAUGGAUGGAUGAACUAUUUAGCCACUAUGAAAAACAACCCAGGGUGGAAUGUAGUCGGACUAGUUUCUCUUUUGAGCUGAAGCUGCAGCGCACUGAUCUUCUCUGUGUUGGAACUCAUUUCAACUUUGUAUGACAGAGAGCUUUCUUUUCUUCAUGAAGGGAAGGCUCCAUCCUUGAUCAUAUGGAGGUUCACUUUCACUGUCAUAACAUCUAAUAAAAACCCUCCAGUCAACCAUUAUGUUACAAUAGACAUGGGCUGGGAAAAGAAGUGCAUCUGUGCCCCAUUAUACACCAGCUAAAUAGCUCACUGGGACAUUUACUGUGCUGCAGUUUGAUCCUGAAGCUGGGAAAAGGUUCUAACUUUAAUGGGUCACUUCACCCAUGUUACUGUGUUAGCCGGCAGAAAUACUCGCUCACUUGCCUCUAGUGGUAUCACUCCAUGCAGGGACUUUUAGUUUUAUUUGUCCAGGUCAGAUGACAGAUUUACAUGACACUCUCACUUAUUAUAUUUAAUUUAUUUAUUGGAUGUGGGAGAGCUGGCUCAAACCUGGUUAAAAUCAAGAUAUGAGCGUGCGGUUUUACAGCUAAAUGAAACAAAGUGUAGUCGUACAAAGUCAUCUUUGCUGCUUUAGCUGUUACUUUAGCUGUGAGGCUUCACUAUUUAGCCUGUUGACUUUGAAUUCUGUGUCCAUAAAUGAGCGAUUAAAGGUACUGAUUACAAUUCAUGUUUAAAUGUAAAUUUUCACCAGAGUUCCGUCUUUGCUUUUUAUAAGUUUGAGGGUUUGGUAAAGUUACUACAAGGAACUUUUCCCUGGUUAUGAAACAGACUCAAUGUAACGAGACCAGAAACUCUUUCAGCUCAGACUCCAGCACCAGGCAGCAGUGGCUCCGCCUCUUGCCAGGAGCAGAGCUGCGCCACGUUUUCUUUUUUUUUGCCGGUCCCAGCUGAUCUAGAUGGGACCAGCAAAGACCAGGUGGUGGUCGGGAGGAUCUUUCACGUUGUCCAGGACGACCUAUUUAUCGACUUCGGCGGGAAGUGCCUGUGCUGGGGGACGGAGAGUAGCUGCAUCUGGGCAGCUGGAACCGUCUGUUGUUUCAGAGCCUGGAGCUCACCAAACCGUCAACACCGACACCAUGCUGCUGGAGGCCCAGGCCCUAUUAAUGGGCCCACUGGAGGGAAGGGAGGCACGGGAGAACCAGGACUCACUGUCAGAACCUGCUGCCAGGUUCUGACAAGGGACUUUCCAAAAGCUGAUCUUAACAACAUGAAGCUGCGGUGCUCACAGAUACACUACUGCCUUCGUCCACUCGGGCCGCCAAAAUCGAGACAAAAUCAAAGUUCCUUGUAGUAACUAACUUGAGUUGGCCUCCUGCAGUUAUCUGGCUCCUCCUACUAAUGAGCUGCUCUACCUCUGACAAGGUGUGUCAAAUCAAAACUCCAUCACCUCAAAGAAUCCAAUAAUAUUUCUUAAUAUAAUAAGCUUUCUUAACCCUCCAACUUUUCCCACACACUGUUCCUCAAACAGCUGCAUCUGACCAAAUGAAGUCACAAGUAAUGGUUGAUGUGUAUAGGAAUGCCUAAGUGUCUGCUAUUUGUAACUGAUAAGUGCCAUACUGCACUUUGUAGAUACAUUUGUAGUGAGGGUCAGGACCACUGCACCAGUGUGGUGUGAAAUAGUCCAGUACUUAUGGGAGUACCUGACCAAAAUGGAUUAUUGUAGUACUUUGAAGUCCAGUCCUGUGGAUCCAAGUAUGUGAAGUAGAUGACUCAUCGCUAAAACAAGCAGUCCUGAAGUAUGAUAAUCUGUAGUAUUUUGAUCUGCAGCGUCGUAGCUCUAAAUUAUUUCUCUCUAUUCUCAAUCUUUGAUAGAAGCAGCGUUAACUGGAGCCAGGCUCCUCCUGAAGGUUUGACACCUUGUCCUCCAUCUGAUCUUUGUAGUAAACAAACCUAUGCAACACAUGACUGUAGACCGUCGUCUCAGGGUGGGCG